AUGCAUACGACAGUGCUCCUCGGCAUGAUGGCCCUUGCGGUCAACGCCAUGGAAACAGGUCAUGCUAGACGAAUGCCUACGGCAGCAAUGCCCAUGAUCACAGCUGACCCCAUGGACUUCCUCGAUCAGGUAGAGGAACUCCGAAGACAGGAUCUACGCCGACGACAAGAAGUGUCCUCCCCGAUUGACCUGACCGUUACACUUGCGCCUGAUGCAACUUGUGGAUACCUCUCAGCAGAGGUUGGCGUACCGAUCACAUGCACAAACGGAGAUCAGUGCGCAUGGGCGCAACUCGGAGGAGCGAUCCCAGGUGUCAUUAGGUGUGGAACAGAACUUAAGGUCCUUUGUUACGAGUCGUCCAAGGCUGUUGAUUCUGCUCUUUGCAAUGAUGCCUGUCAGAGCGAUACGUUGAACUUGCUAUGUACCAACUCCGAUACACCAUACUGCCGAACGUACGCCUUCCCGGAUGGAGUCAUGGACUAUAGAUGUGCUUCUUCGUCCGUCAAAGAUGUUCAAAGCGUCGACCAUACCUUUUACGGCCAGAAGAACCCCAAGUUCACCACACGCACUGCCAACCGGCUCGGUGCGGCCAAGAGCACAGAAGCCGAGUCGAAAGCCAGCGAAACAUCCAAAGAGACCGCUCAACCCUCUACAGUCACGAGGGACGCGGCAUCAGCGACCUCAUCCUCCGAAUCCAAGGAGGAGAAAAAGAGUUCAACACCCCUGGGAGCCAUCAUUGGCGGUGCUGUAGGAGGUGUCGCUCUGAUCGGUAUAAUCAUGCUGGGCAUAUUCUUCAUGCUCCGACGAAAGAAGAACAAGACUCCACCUACAGAAGGCCCAAUUAACCCUCCUACUAUGAACUUUGCUCCUCAACACUUUCCUCAAAGCACGGAACCGGGUAUGCUCGAUUCUAAGGAGGUGGGAACGCAUCACGUGGGCUCUGCUGUCUCUCCAUUGGGAUCGCCCGGUUGGGGUGGGCCGGUCUCGCCGCCGCCCGUUUAUGAAGCACCGGCGCAGGAGGCACAGGUUCAUGAGAUGGGUGAUUCUAGUGUUACCAAGUAA